AUGUUCAUGGAAAUGGGUGAGCCUGGAGAAAUGGCAUUAGGGGAAGACACCAUCUACGCUGAGGAUGAGGUCCUUCUGGCCCUGGCUGAGCAGCUGGGAACCUUUACCGGCCUGGUGGGGAGUCCAGAGUAAAUGCACUGCCUGCUGCCCCCACUGGAGUCGCUCACCACGGUGGAGGUGACAGUGGUGGGGGAUAACACAGUGGUGUCCUUGCGGGCCAUCUCCCAUGAGAACUUGUCCUCUGACCUCGAAGCCCAUUUGGUGCCCCUGGUGAAACUGCUCGCUGGGGGCAGCUGGUUCACUUCCAGCACCUUGGCCUGGGGCCUCUUCUCCGUCUGCUACCUGUUAGUGUCCAGCGCUGUGAAAGCAGAGCUCUACCAGUACUUACAAAACCUCUGUUCAGAUGACACCCCCAUAGUGGGACGGGCCGCAACUUCCAAGCUGGGGGAGUUCGCUAAGGUCCUAGAGCUGGACAACGUCAAGAGUGAGAUCAUCCCCUUAUUCUCCAACCUAGCCUCUGAUGAGCAGGACACUGUGUGGCUGCCGGGGGUGGAGGUGUGUGUGAACAUUGCCCAGCUCCUGCCCCAGGAGGACCUGGAAGCCCUGGGGAUGCCCACACUGCACCAGGCGGCCGAGGACAGGUCCUGUCACUUCCACUACAUGGUGGCCAACAAGUUCACUAAGGUGCCUGAGGCCUGCAGUGCACAGGACAAAAAGCAUGGAGGUGCUGGCCCAGAGCAUGAGCCCCAGAAACAGAAUAUCAGGCCCCGAGAGUAUGGCCAUGUGCAGCACAGCAGCAGCUGGAUUGUGACACAUGGAAGAACACCUUGCCCAGCUGGAGUCCCCCUGGCUGAUGCUGACAGCAAGGAAGAGGCUCAGGGAGCAAGUGCUACCCAUCGACACCCCCCUGCUCACUCGGAAAAGAUAGAAGACCAUUUUGCACCCCACAUCAUUGAAGAAAAUUCUCCAGCCCCAAGCCACCAUGACACCAUCUACGCUGAGGAUGAGGUCCUUCUGGCCCUGGCUGAGCAGCUGGGAACCUUUACCGGCCUGCCCCCACUGGAGUCGCUCACCACGGUGGAGGUGACAGUGGUGGGGGAUAACACAGUGGUGUCCUUGCGGGCCAUCUCCCAUGAGAACUUGUCCUCUGACCUCGAAGCCCAUUUGGUGCCCCUGGUGAAACUGCUCGCUGGGGGCAGCUGGUUCACUUCCAGCACCUUGGCCUGGGGCCUCUUCUCCGUCUGCUACCUGUUAGUGUCCAGCGCUGUGAAAGCAGAGCUCUACCACACCCCUUCUGCUACCCAGGACACUGUGUGGCUGCCGGGGGUGGAGGUGUGUGUGAACAUUGCCCAGCUCCUGCCCCAGGAGGACCUGGAAGCCCUGGGGAUGCCCACACUGCACCAGGCGGCCGAGGACAGGUCCUGUCACUUCCACUACAUGGUGGCCAACAAGUUCACUAAGGCAUCACUGGAGCCCCAUCCUCUGCAGUGCCCAGAGGUGCAGCUGAACAUCAUCUCCAACCUGGACUGCGUGAACGAGGUGAUCGACACCCGGCAGCUGUCCUAGUCACUGCUGCCCGCCAUCGUGGAGCUAGCCGAGGAUGCCAAGUGGUGGGUGCGGCUUGCCAUCAUCGAGUACAUGCCCCUGCUGGCUUGGCAGAUGGGAGUGGAAUUCUUUGAUGGGAAACUCAACUCGUGCAUGGCAUGGCUGGUGGACCAUGUCUAUGCCAUCUGUGAGGCAGCCACCAGAAACCUCAAGAAGCUGAUGGAGAAGUUUGAGAAGGAGAGGGCACAUGUCACCAUGAUCCCUAAGAUGCUGGCUAUGUCUGGACACCCUAACUACCUGCACUGCAUGGCCACCCUCUUCUGCAUAAACGUUCUGUCGGAGGUGUGCAGGCAGGACAUCACCACCAAACACAUGCUGCCCACCGUCGUGCACAUGGUUGGGGACCCCAUCACCAACAUACGCUUCAAUGUGGCCAAGUCCCUGCAGAAGAUUAGGCCCAUCCUCCACAACAGCACCCUGAAUAGCGAGGUCAAGUCAGUCCUGGAGAAGCUGACCCAGGACCAGGAUGUUGCCGUCAAGUACUUUGCCCAGGAGGCCUUGACCGAUGAGAAGAGCAUGGAGGUGCUGGCCCAGAGCAUGAGCCCCAGACACAGAACAUCAGGCACCAAGAGUAUGGCCAUGUACAGCACAUCAGCAACUGGAUCAUUACACAUGGAAGAACAGUAUCCAUAG